AUGGCAUUAAGCAUCAACGAUGGAUCGCUACCGCCGACCGUCGAGCAAGGGGCCGCAGGUUUACCUCUGCCCGAGGUAAUACCAAACGUGAACGUGUACCAGCAGAAGAAAACCUUAGCCCAGGGUAUGAUGGAUUUGGCGCUACUGUCCGCCAACGCGAAUCAGCUCCGCUACGUGCUGGAAACGUACGAACGCCAUCCGUACUACAUCUUCAGCCUAAUCUUUAUCUCGGUCAGCUUGCUGGUACAGGUGGCGGUCGGCGUGGGGCUGAUCAUGAACAGUCGGUACGAUGUGAACGAUCGGAAGGAGAUAUGCAAGGCAAACAAGAUCAACGACCUCAUCACGAUCGGCAUCUUUGUCAUUACGCUGGUGAAUGUGUUAAUCUCCGCGUUUGGGGUUGCCCCACGUGCAUCUUCAUAG